GCGAGUUGUUAAACUUCGUGUUGCUUUUUUAUCUCUCUCAUAAAUUAUUAAGGGGCCAGUCUCGUUAAUUUUUUUAGGAUAUAUUCGCUGGAUAGUGGAAAGUCAUGAAUUCGCACUUUUGAUCGGAAUUGCUAACAAAGCCCGUAUUUGAAUGAAGAAGCGAUAACGUAGCACGUUGAAUCCGCAAUGCUGUCUUGCAGAUUGUUUUAUCGUGAACGGUGAAUAAUUGAAUAUUGUUAUUUUGUCUGCCGUGCGCUAUUCCAUGGUGGAUUUUCCUUUAAACUGAGUGUUCAAAUUUUCGCAAAUUCUUGUUCUUCUUAUUUUCGCCGUUAUGAUAACUUGAGUCAGCGGUACAUCAUCAGUUUCAUUCAACGAUGGCGAAACUUAGCGGAGUGGAGAUCAUCAUUAUCAUUGGCGUGGGAUUCGCCGUCUUCGUCAUCCUCUUCAUCGUUGCUCACCGUCAGAUCGCUCGUUUCAAAGUGCGUGAUCUCCUCUCGAAGCCCCUUCUUAAAUGCUCCCAAUUCGGGGCCUCUCCUUCCUAUGUGGCGCAGAUUCAGCGCAAAGUCGCUGAAGUUCUGGAUAUCGACGUCCAGCCACAAAUGUGGGACGAUCACUGGGUGCGCUUCUUCAACAACCAGACCGUCCCCAACUACGUCUACCGUGCGAAAGCGCUGGAUUUCUGUGUACUGCUAAAAAUCGAACUUUUAAAAUUCGGUCCCCAGUUUUCCUGGACGGCCUUCGAGGAUCUGGGCGAAUAUUUUGACCGUCUGAAGACGGAAUACCCCAUCGAUCGGAUCCCCGUGGAGGUGACCAUGGAGUUUGUGCAGCUAUAUCGCCGUUGUCGCUGGGAUGAUGCGGAAUUCGGUGAGCGCGAAUACAUCCGCAUGCACAAGUAUGUAACGGAUAUUCUGGAGCUGCUAGAGAAUCUGCGCCUGACCGCGGCGCCCUCCGAUCGCUCCUUGAAUAUUUCCCGUCGCUCCAGUGAUUCCGAACGGAUAGAGUCGAAGGAAUCACGCAUGAAAGACAAAUCCGCGGGGAAGAAAUUCCCGAAAGGCUACGAGCCGUUGGAUAGUGAUGGGAGUACGGCAGGAUCAUUACUGACUAAACGGGGAGCGAAACCCUUUUCCAAAUUUAAGAAGGCCGCGACGGGAAAUCGGAAAGGAAAGGCUGUGAAACUGGAGGAGAAUGCCUGGGAAGAGCAGAUCCCGUUGCAUACGUUUCAUGAUAAUCCGUUAACCUAAUGCAACCGGCGCCCAGUGU